AUGGACACUUCGGCGAUUCGAGGCCUGCUCGCGGCCAGCUUGGACCCCGACGCCGACACGAGACGGAGGGCUGAGAUUCAGUUGAAGCAGAUCGAAGAGCACCCGGGGUUUAUGGACGUUCUCCUCGACGUCCUCCAGAACGAGCAAGACAACAGUGUGCGACUAUCAACCGUUAUCUAUAUCAAGAACCGCGUAAAUCGAGGAUGGGAAAAGUCGGAGCACAGUCCGAACGAGACACAAAUCGCCGAAGAUGAAAAGGCACGCUUCCGCGACCGCCUGCUGCCCAUCAUGGCCGCCUCCCAGGGUCUGGUCCGGCAGCAGUUGAUCCCCGUCCUCCAGCGUAUCCUACACUUCGAUUUUCCCGAGAAGUGGCCCAACUUUAUGGACUAUACGAUGCAGCUUUUGAACACGAACGAUGCUGCCUCCGUCCUGGCCGGUCUGCAGUGCCUUCUCGCCAUCUGCCGCGCCUACCGAUUCAAGUCUUCGGACGGCGAUAACAGGGUUCACUUUGACAAGAUCAUCGAGGCCAGCUUCCCCAGACUGUUGGCUAUCUGUAACGAACUCGUUGCUCAGGAGAGCGAUGAGGCCGGUGAGAUGCUUCACCUGGCCCUCAAGGCCUACAAGCACGCGACCUGGCUCGAGCUUUCUGCCUUCCUCCGCGCACAACAGACCAACUUUGGCUGGUGUACCGUUUUCCUCCAGACUGUGUCCAAGACAACGCCGGCCAGCGCCAUGGCCGACGACUCAUACGAGCGUGAGAAGCACCAUUGGUGGAAGGCCAAGAAGUGGGCGUACUUCAACCUGAACAGACUUUUCAUCAGGCACGGCAACCCCCAAUCUAUCACCAACACCAAGGACGAGGAUGCGGUCCGCUUUGCCAAGGAGUUCUCCGCAACGAUUGCUCCCGAGAUCCUCAAGCACUACCUAGCCGAGAUCGAGAAGUGGGUUGCGAAGACGGCCUGGCUCAGCAGACCCUGCUUGUCUUACACCCUCGUUUUCCUCGAUGAGUCGGUGCGCCCCAAGGAAAUGUGGAACCACCUCAAGCCUCACCUGCAGAACCUGGUGACGCAUUUCGUCUUCCCCGUUCUCUGCCUGUCCGAGGAGGACAUCGAGAAGUUCGAGGACGAGCCGGAUGAAUACCUCCACAGGAAACUCAACUUUUACGAGGAGGCUUCGGCCCCCGAUGUCGCCGCCACCAACUUCCUCGUCGGCCUGACCAAAAACAGGAGAAAGCAGACCUUCGAGAUUCUCAAGUUCGUCAACGCAGUCGUCAACGAGUACGAGCAGGCGCCGGAUGACAAGAAGAACCAUAUUGCCAAGGAAGGCGCCUUGAGGAUGAUUGGCACUCUGGCCCCCGUUAUUCUGGGCAAGAAGAGCCCCAUCGCCGACCAGGUCGAGUACUUCCUCGUCCGCUACGUUUUCCCCGAUUUCACGAGCCACCAGGGUUACCUACGUGCGCGUGCUUGCGACACCAUCGAGAAGUUCGAGCAGCUCAACUUCCAGGACCAGAACAACCUUCUCACCAUCUACCGCCACAUCCUUGACUGCAUGGCAGACCCGGCCCUGCCUGUGCGUGUGACUGCAGCUCUCGCCCUGCAGCCCCUCAUCAGGCACGACAUCAUCCGUACCAGUAUGCAACAGAGCAUCCCUACCAUUAUGCAGCAGCUCCUCAAGCUCGCCAACGAGGCCGAUAUCGACGCCCUCGCCAACGUCAUGGAGGACUUCGUCGAGGUUUUCGCUACCGAGUUGACGCCGUUUGCGGUUGCUCUUAGCGAGCAGUUGAGAGACACCUACCUUCGCAUAGUCCGUGAAGUGCUGGACAAGAACAAGGACAACGGUGAUGAUGAGUUUGGAGACUACCUUGACGAGAAGAGCAUCACUGCUCUCGGUGUCCUUCAGACCAUCGGCACUCUCAUCCUCACCCUCGAGAGCACGCCUGACGUUCUUCUGCACAUUGAGGCAGUUCUCAUGCCCGUCAUUCAAGUCACCCUCGAGAACAAAUUGUAUGAUCUUUACAAUGAAGUGUUUGAGAUCAUUGACAGCUGCACGUUCGCUGCCAAGGGCAUCUCGCCCACCAUGUGGCAGGCCUUCGAGCUCAUUCACGCUACUUUCAAGGCCGGUGCCGAGCUCUACCUGGAGGAUAUGCUUCCGGCGCUGGACAACUUUGUCCAGUAUGGCGCCGUCCAGCUGGUGCAGAAGCCCGAGUACAUCGAGGCUCUCUUCUCCAUGAUCUCGGACAUGUUCAACGACAACAAGGUCGGUGGCGUUGACCGUAUUUGCGCCUGUAAGCUGGCCGAGGCCAUGAUGCUGAACCUACGUGGCCACAUUGACAACUACGUGUUGCGGUUCAUCGAGUUCGCCAUGACCGUCCUUACUGCUCAGGACGUCAAGCUCAAGGCUUACAAGAUCCACCUCAUGGAGCUCGUCAUCAACUCGAUCCACUACAACCCCGUACUCACCCUCCAUAUCCUUGAGACCAAGGGCUGGACGAACAGGUUCUUCAGCUUGUGGUUUGGCAGCAUGUCCAACUUCACCAGGGUUCACGACAAGAAGCUUUGCAUCGUCGCCAUUGCAGCUCUGCUUAGCCUCAAGGCUGACCAGGUCCCUCAGAGCAUCGCCGUCGGUUGGCCUCGCCUGCUGCAGGGCGUCACUGAGCUUUUCAAGACUCUGCCCGCUGCUAUGAAGAACCGUGAGGAGGCUCUUCGUGACGACUACCACCUCGAGGCCGGCACUUACGACUACGGCGAAGAGGACGAGUGGGCCGAGGACGAGGCCAACUGGAAUGUCGAGGAUGAGGCCGAGGAGGAGACCAACGAGAGCCGCGACGAGAGCACCGCUUACCUGGAGUUCUUGAACGAGGAGGCCCAGAAGUUCAGCCGCGGCGUCGAGGAUAUCGAGUCUGAGGACGACCUUGGCGAGGACAGUGUCCUGCUCGAGUCCCCUCUGGACAAGGUGGACCCUUACCAGCUGUUCAGUGCGACUCUGAUGAAGAUGGAAGAAGAGCAGCCCCAGUUCUACCAGUCCCUGGCCUCCCAUCUUACAGCUGAGGACCAGGCCGCCCUCCAGGGUGUCAUGCAGAAGGCGACCGAGAACGCCCAGGCCGCCCAGCUGGCUCUUGCCCAACAAGGUGCUGCACCGGUCAACGGCGGUGCCAGCUAA